GCUUUUUCUCAUUCCAAUUAUUAAGGGGUAAUAUAAAAAAUAAACCAUAUUUUUUUAAAACUAAUAAUCAUAAAAGUCGGCGAAAAUUUAUUCAAAUCGAUACCAUCUUGCGGUUGUUUGUUGUACUAAAGUAAAAUAGCGAUGGCUCAAGAACGCCGCUCAAGUAUUGAUCCAUAUGGGUUUGAAAGACCAGAUGAUUUUGAUCAUUCUACGUAUGAAGACUUUAUGGCAAGUUAUUUAAGUAUUCUUGCAAGAAGAGCAAAGAAAUGGGAAGAUUUAUUAGAUGCAAAGAAAAAUGUAAAAAAAGGAUAUAAAGUAAAACGCUAUGUGAGAAAGGGAAUCCCUCGGAAACACAGAGGAACAAUUUGGAUGGCUGUAAGUGGAGGACAAGAGCUUAAAGAUCAAACUCCAGAUUUAUAUUCUUCAUUACUUUCAGGCCCAAAAAUUUCAGAACUUAUUGAUACUAUUGAAUUAGAUAUACCAAGAACUUUUCCUGAUAACAUUUAUUUUAAAAAUAGUCCUGAUGGUAAAAGACAGCUCUUGUUUAAUGUACUUGUUGCAUUUGCACAUCAAAAUCAAAAUGUUGGUUAUUGUCAGGGUUUAAAUUACAUAGCUGGAAUACUUUUGCUCAUAACAGAAGAUGAAGAAAUAACAUUUUGGUUAUUAAGGAUAUUAGUUGAAAACAUUUUGCCAGACUAUUAUACCAAAGAAAUGAUAGGUUUAAGAACAGAUUUAGAAGUUUUUUCUGAAUUAGUUAAAAUAAAAGUACCUGAUGUUUAUAAUCACAUGAAAUUACACAAUGUUGCAUGGGCUAUUGUUAUCACAAAAUGGUUUAUAUGUUUAUAUGCUGAAGUUCUACCAAUUGAAACUGUUCUUAGGAUUUGGGAUUGUCUGUUUUAUGAAGGUUCAAAAAUAUUAUUCCGGGUUGGUAUUACGAUGAUAAUCAAAAACAAAGAAAAGAUCCUAAAGGCACGAAAUUUUUCUGAAAUAGCAGAAGUUUUCAAAGGCAUAACUCAAGAAUCAGUUGUGAUAGAAUGCCAUUCCUUUAUGCAGGCUAUAUUUACUGAAACUGGAUCAUUUUCAUCUUCAUUAAUUAGAAGACUAAGAGAAGAAUGUCGAACAAGAGUUACUGAACAAAGCACAACAUAACAGCUAUGCACAAUUACAAUAAUUUACCUGCCAUAUCACCCCAUCUAGUCAUUAAAAUGCCAUAAAUAUCAAAUACUACAUAUUAUAAAGGUACUUCAUCAAUGCCAAUGAAACUGUUGUGCACAUAGGAAAGUAUUUUUAGUUGUUUGUAUUUUCUACAGUUAAGCUGCAGAAAUGUAUAUUUAAGCAAUAAAAAUAAAGUUAUUAUUGUUUAAAUAUUAUUGAAUAUUAACAUUGCUAGAAAUUGAAAGUAGUAUAUAAGACAUUCUAAGAAAAAGGCAAAAAAGCUUUUUUCAUCUAAUGAAUCCAUAUAUGAUAUAUGCAAUAUAUAUUUUAAUUUAUAUAUACAGUAUUUGUUUCAGUAUGAAAGUAUUGCAAAUAUAUGAUGCAGUACUAUAAUUCUUAUUGUGAUUUUUUUAAAGAUGAAUUUGUAUGUAUUUAAAGGAAUUUCUGCCAUUGAAGUAAAAUUUUUUUUAAUAUAUUACUUAGUUUUAUUGGCAGCUUGGAUGAUAUUAGAUAUUAUCAUUUGAAAUAUUAAUAUAGAUAAAGUUGGAAAAAUUGGUAUAAAUUUGGGAGCUUGUUAUAUAAAAUUAUAUUCAUUUUAAUUUUUAUGCUUAAUGAAGAAAUUGUAUAAAUUGUUCAAAAUUGCUUCUAUUAUUUUAUGUGCAUUUUCAGUAAAAAAUGAAAUUUUUCUUUGUUUUGAAGCUUAUAUGAAUUCCUAUUUAUUGGAAUACCAAUUGAUUUCUGCAUCUCAGGUAAAUGUUAUGAUAGAAUUAAUAUCACAAAUUACAAAUAUUGACAAUCAAAAUGAUAUAUGAAAGAAUUUAAAAGAAAAAUGUGAGAAUUGGUUUCCCAUUAAUGCAAAUUUUUAAAAUUUACUAAUGUUUAAGUUUCAUGUAAUUCAUUCCAAUAUUAUAAUGUUAUAAUAUGCAGGAUGUUUCAAAACUAAAUAUGCAAGAAAUAUUUUCAUGCCUUAAUUAGAUAGCUGUAGAAUUAACAUAUUUUUAUAUGGCAGGAUGUAGAAUGCUUGUCAAAGAUAUUUGCUAAUACAGUAGAGCCUCGAAAACUUGGCCUAAUGUGGACCGAAGGGUGGCCGAGUUUGUGAAAAUGCCAGGUUAUCGGGAAUGGGGUUAAAAAAGGAUAAGUAUGCCUGUUUCCUCAGAAAAUA